CUGAUACACGUCAAGCACUUGCCGUCGAAAAUGGCGCGAAUCAAGCGCAAAUCGUUCUUCUUUUCUUCGUUGGUGACCGUCUUCAACUGUCUCCUUUUCUCCACCACCCAUGGCCAACAAGUGGGCACCAACUGCGCCAAUCCUCGCGUCCGUCGCUCUUGGGAAAUGUACAAUGCAACCGAGAAAAGUCUGUACUUGGAAGCCAUCGGCGUCGCCAUGGACAAGGGAUUCCACCAAAAGUUCAUCCAGAUCCACACAGAAUAUUUGUCCGAGAAGGAGGCCCACGGCAACUGUAUGUUCAUUUACUGGCACCGUAUCAUGCUGCUAGGAUACGAGAACAUGCUUCGCAGCUUGGAUCCAAAGUUCCAAUGCCUUACGCUCCCGUACUGGGACCAUGUGUCGGCUAGAGCCCGGCGUUCGACUGGAACCUGCACGAAUCUCCUGAGCUGUUCCCCGUUUCUCGCCGAUUCCAGCGGUGAUAUGGCGGGCACCAGUAAGAAUUUGAUCAUCUACAACGUCAGCAUACCGGUCACUUCUUCGCCGUCAUCUUCUGCCACAACCUGUAUGAAUCGGUUCCCUCUUUCCCAGUUUUGCGGGAAUAAUACGGGCUGCGCAAAGUGUAUCACUCGUAAAACAAGGACCGCAAUGUCCAGCACCGCGUACCCAGACUCGGCCUCCUUCACUUCAGUGUAUCAGCAGAUCUUCUCGUCGAACAACUCCUACACAUUUACCACCCAAGUCGAACGUGGAGUCCACAGAGCCAAGGGCAAUGACUCGCGUUGGUUCAAUAGUUGUGCGAGGAGAACUUCCGGGUCCUACUCCACCGCAGACAAUAUCACCAUUCGAGGGUUCGCUAACGACGGAAAAACGGUCGUCAAUGUGUGGCAGGACCCCAAGAACAUGUUGUACCCAUUUUUCAAAGAUUUACCUUACAAGUACGCAGACUACGUUGACGCUAAAGAUCUCGGGAACUACAGUUACACAUACGCGCUAAGUGGUGGGCUCGCUACUUUUUACGAAAAGUGCUGGGCCUCUACUCAAGUCUCCGCUACUUCUACUACUUUACUCGCUGAUGAGCGUCAACACUGGCCUCGCGGUAGAGAUAGAGGGAAUCUUUACCCAAUUAUUGAGCCAGGAACGUCGUAUGAUGAGAAGGUCAAGCGCUGGAAUAUUGCGUUGUACGAAGCUGCUCGCAUCGUCGGCUUCGAAGAAGCAGCAGCCAAGGAACAGAUGGAGAUGGUCAUGUGUCAGUACCAAGAAGACUGUCUUGGCGGCGUUGUCGACUAUACGGAUCUCUUCCGAGCCAAUUUUGGCGUUCAGGGCCAUCCUCGUUGCUACACGUUGUUGCAAUACUUGGACUCGGGUGAUCAAGUGAUCGGAAUCCCGCAGUGGAAAUCGAUCACGAACAGAUUCUUGCCGUGCGCGGCGUACAGAAAGAAAGAAGCCCCCGUGUCGGAUUUCGUCAAGGCUGUCAGCGAAUUGAAGAAAAGUUUGGAACGGAGCAAAAGUCCGGAUGACUACGUCGCGGCUACCUUCUUUUAA